AAAGCCAAGAUGAGCAACACUGAAGCUGAGAAGACUGUGAUUGGCAUAAUCCAGCUCUUUCACAAAUACGCCAAUCCUGAUGACACCAUUGACAAGCCAAGCCUCUUGGCGCUGCUGAAGGAGAAUUUUCCCAACUUCCUUGCUGCCUGUAACACAAAGGGCACAGAUUACUUGGCCAAUAUCUUUGAGAAGGUGGACAAGAAUAAAGACAAAAAGAUUGAGUUUUCUGAGUUUCUGUCCUUGCUGGGUGAAAUAGCCACAGACUACCACAAACAGAGCCAUGGAGCGCCACCCUGUUCCCAAGGAGGCCAGUGACCCAAUCCAGCCAGAGGUCUCUGGAGACCCUAAGAAACAAUAAAGUGUCUUUUCCCACCAGAAA